AUGUUUUUUACUGUGGCAAUGGUGGCCCUUCCGUUGGUGGUUUUUUUCAUGUGCCAAUAUUUGUUUGAUAAUUCCAUAGUUAGCGGCGGAUCUGCUGCUGUUGCUGCCAACGCUGUGCUUAUCGCAUACAUUGUUGCUGCUUUCUCUGAAGACACGAGUCAAGAGGCGGUGGAGAGCAAGAAAGAUCAAUAG